GUUCCACAGCCACGGACGUUUCCACAGUAGCUGGGAGGGCCGAAAGCUCUUUCCGCUCUUUGUUACAAUUUUUUAAAUUAUUUUUUCCUUCCUUCUUCCAACUUUCCAGUUAAAGAGUAUUGCCGGGGCAUUUCUGAAGUAAUCCAGGCUGAGCUUCAGAGGAAAGAACAAGAGACAGGUGUAAGUGGGGGGAAGCAACCCAGGAUGCUCGUGAAGCUUUUGCUGGUCUGUAGCACGGUCGGGCUGGCAAAGCAGGUGGAACACGCAGCCCAUCACGGACAUCGCGAUGGUUCCGUGCACGGCUUAAAGCCACCAGCUCAGGACACCUCUGCACAGCCCCAGAGAACUCCUGUGCCACGCCAGGAAGGUUACUGGGAGGCAGAAGGGCUCGGGGAGGAGGCUCAGGAUUACCCUUCAAGUGCCAUCAUCUCACAUCAGGAAGAGAGAGGGGAUUUGGAAGCUGCGAGCCCACAGCCCCAGAAUGGGAACUGGUGUUCCUUCACGCAGUCCCGGCUGGUCACAUACAUAGAAGCCUGCAUGAAGGAGAAGUACAUUGUCAACUCCCAACAGCCCUGCCCAAACGGAGCCCCACACUGCCAGAAGAUCAUGUACAGGACAGCUCUGAAGCCAGUCUACCAAGUGAAACAGAAGGUCUUGAAGUCUUUGCAGUGGAAAUGCUGCCCUGGAUUUAUUGGCAAGGACUGUGAACAGCGCGAUCCUAAUUUUAUUCCAGUGCCAGGAACUGAAACUGAAGGACGAGAAGAGUUCUCAAACCACAUGUCAACAUCAGUGGAUUCGAGAGAAAUGUUUGAAGUCAUUCAAAAUCAUGAGGCUUUACUGGAUGAUCUUCAAAGUGAUAUUCAUCAAGCAGCCAGCACCUUAGGUGACUUACAGAGACUAUUUGAAAACAACGGUACAAGCAUGGUGUUAGAAGUGAACCAGAGCAAUUCAGAUCAUCAGGAAAGGCUUCUGCAGCAAGUUUUGUUUCCUCAUGUGGAGAAUUUUCUUAGGAAACAUUUUAACCCCAUGUGGGCAAGCUUCAACAGAAGUUUACAGAACCUCUCCAACAUCGUAAGAAACCUGUCCCAUGAUGUGGAAGCUAACAAGAAAAGCAUAGAAAGAUUCCAAGAGAGCACUGUGCCCAUGAAGGAAUUCCAGGAGCUGGGAACUAAAUUUGAAUCAAAAGUCCAAGAAAACAUCUUGAAAGUUGAUCAGGCGAAAAGAGAUAUAGAGAACCAAGUGCACAUGCAGCAGGCUAAUAUUCACUACAAUCUCAGCAUGAUCAAGGCAGAUACUGACACAAAACUCAAGAAGCUUCAUAAGAUGCAGCAGUCCCAUUUCUUAGCUUUGAACAACAGCAUAGCAAACAUGAAACAAGAGCAAAACCUUCUUGAAAAUAGAUUGGAGGCUUUGAAAAAAAACUUAACAGAACUCUCUUCGCAUCAUGGUCCCAAAGAUGAAAGCAGCCAAGUAACCAUCAAACAAAUGAAUGACAUUCUGUCAGGGCACGCAAAGCAGCUUAAAGAACUUUACAUGGAGUCAGAUGUGGCUUUUCAGAAUAUUGCAGUUUUAGAGAGGUGGUUUAAGGAGUUAAAGAAAAACAUCUCAAAGUACAGGCCAGAAGAUCUUACAAUAACUUUAGCUGAGAAAUCAGUUCUUAUGGAAGAAAACAAUGCAGCAAUGGAAAGGCAGAUAUCAGAGCUCAACUACACUCUCUCACACCUUCAGGAAAAUUAUUCAGAUCUGCUGCGGUACAUGGAGGAAUGCAACUGCCAGAGAGUAUCUUCUGACACUGAUGUACUGGAGGAAGAUCCCAGGAACAGCACUUAUUCCCUUGAAGAUACCCAGUCAAAGGAUAUGAAGCACUUGGAGUCAGUCUUCAGGGAUUUCUUCAAGAGUGAAAUCGAAGAGCUCUCCUCAGCUAUUCCAUCCAUCCAUCUGUCUCUCAGCCUCCGUCAAGAAGAGAACAGACAGCUUCAGUCUCAGGUCACGGCUUUUUCAGAAGACAUAGGCUUGCUGAAGAAGAAAGACGAAGAAAUCCAUCGACAUAUCAAGUAUCUCAACAGUUCUUUUAGCUCUCUUUUGAAAGAUGCCAUGCGGCACGAAGAAGCACUGGAGGCUUUACUGAGACACGGAUUUCUGGAUGUCUUUUUUGAAGAUGAUUUUAGUAGCCUAAUACCAUCAGUAUUCGAGCUGCAAGAAUCUCUCAGACACUUCUCAGAUAAACUGCAAGAACAAAACCUGACUUUAGAAUCUCUGUUGAGGAGAUCCCAUCCCUUGCAGAGAGGUCACCAGAACAAUCACGAUGUUCACAUGUCUCCCAAGGAGGAAACACAAACCUCCUCUACUCUACAUGAAGUCAGCAGUCCGCGCACCAUCAUAGAACACAUGGAACCCAACUACGAGGCCGCCAAAGAUGACUCCUUGGACAGCUCAGCUUAUAAUGAUAUCAUGACUCUGAAGAAUGAUAUCAAACACCUGAGCCUGGCAAUCAAGAGGCAUGAAUCCAGAGGUGACGGGAGUCUCUGCUGCAACCAUACAAUAGCAAAUGCAAUUGAGCCACUCAACGUUUCUGUAGAAACUCUCUCUGCAGAUUUAGCAAACAUCAAGCGGAAUCUGGAGGAACACCUGGUGACUUUUAAAAAGCUGUUUGGAAGUAAUGAAGAAUUAAGUGCCUCAAAUAUAAGUCUGGAUGUUACAAAGAUUCAGUCAAUGCUGAACAAGAAAGGGAGAAGGCAAAAUAAAGCUCAAGACAAGCAAAGAGAAAAGAAAAGGCCUGAGAAGCACAGAGAAAAUACACAAAUGAUAAGUGGAAGAAACACAGCGCAGCCAGAACUUGUGGAAAAAGACUCAUUGGUGGCAUUCCACGUGGGAUUCUCAGAAAGAAAGGAUAAAGAAAAAACUGUGAGGUUUAAUGAAACGUACCUCAAUUAUGGAAACAGCUAUUCCUCUGAACACGGCCACUUUAAAGCACCACACAAAGGUGUCUACCUGUUUGUCAUCUCUGUGGAGUUCAGCUCAGGACCAGCACUGGGACAACUCUCCUUCAGCCGUGGGUACAAAAGAACUCUGUCAAGCAGUCAGAGGAAAACCCCGCAUGGAAACACCAUGACUACUUUUGCUAUGGCAGAAAUGGAGAAGGGGGAGACAGUGUGCUUUGAAUUGCUGCUUGGCUCUGUAGUGAAACGAAGCCCGCCUGGGACAACUAUGGGUGGAUUCCUAAUAUCUAAAACUUGAAUAGUGACAUUUAUGUUUUAUUAAUCUCUUUCCAUAGAUGCAAUGGAUGCAUUCACUAUUGCUUCAUCUGUGAUGUAUUCAAUGCUACUGCAUGUGUUUAAACAUAGCACUACCCUAGGUUUGUCUUCAUGCUUCUUUUCUGGAAGUGUUUGGCUUUUGAUUAGUUGCUUAUGAGCAGCAAUGGGAUUUUCUUUUAAGUGAAAAGCUAAUGGUUUGGACUCCAGAUGUAUCAGCACACACAUUCCCAAAUCCUUCCAAUGGGAAAACUGCACAUAAACGUUUUGUGGGACUUCCUUCACUUUUAACACAAAUUUCUCCUUUCCCUUGGCAAAAGAAUAUCCUCCCAUGGCAAAUACCCCCAUCAGUGGCAAGGAAAAGAUUUUAGGUAGGGCUGCACACUCUCAUGUUAUGUGGAUGGUAUCUUAAAACCCAGAAGCCAGGGCAAUUUUACCUUUUAGUUCUCUGUGGACCACGGACUAUCUUGGAAACUUCUGGAACUUACUCCAAUGUCCCAGUCUGUGCACAACAGGAACACUAGAAGAGAUCCACCAAACCCAGCAAAAUUCACUCUAUUGCCAGUAUUUGCAAGCAGGGAUCUCAUAAACGGCUCAGUGCCUUUGUUUCUGGGCCUGUGAUGUAUUUCAGCUACGCUGCAAAAAUUCAAAGCAUUGUUAAGAUGAAUUACAUUUACAAUUAGACACUAGGAGAAUGUCAACAAUAUUUUAGAAAUAUUGGUGAAAACGCAGUUUAUUUCUAAAGUUAAUCCUAGGAUAUAAUGAAUUCAGCCCAGUGUUCAGCAUUUAGUAAAUAUUUUAAAACCAAGCAAGCAAAACUAAAACCAAAAGGCAGGAUCAUUGGUCUGUUGUCACUGCUGAAUAUAAAUUUGUAAUUAGAGUAAACCAAAGAAUAGAACUUUUGAAAUGUAGAGGUGUGUAUGGUUUUUUGUUUGUUUGUUUGUUUUUGCUUUGUUUUGUUUUUGGUUUUUUUUUUGUAAUUUCCAAAACUUCAAGGUGACCAUGCUUGGUUAUGUCUUAAGCUUUUCUUCUGUCAAAUAAGACUUCCCAAGGACUUUCACUUUAAAGAAGUUCAAUUAUUGCGGUAUUUUUGUCUAUCCUAAUAGAAAGCAAUAUUAAAACAAUUAAAUUUGCCAAAAUGAGAUACACUUUGAAAUUUCCAGUAUUUUUGAUGAAGAUAUAAAUUCUUAUUACGUAAAUUGCACCCUUCUAAGGUAGCAUUUUUUAACACAUCUAUUCUGCUGUUAAGAAUUUCCUCUCCAACUACCUGUAUUCUAAGCAAUGCUAAACUAUCAUUAAUUGUUAAAAAUCCUCCAACACACUGGUACCAACACACAAUGCACUUAAAGCAACAGUUUGACAAGCAGACAAUACACAUCUAUCUUUUGAAAUAAAGCUACAAAGCAAUUUCAGCUACUGACUUGCUGAGAAGAUUGUUUUCUCUAUCCUGAAAAAUCCAAGAAAACUAACAAUAAAAAAUGCUCCUUAUCUCCUCCUGGCC